UAUGAUGAUAUUAACGUUUUUUUUUUUUUUUUUUUUUUUAAUAAAUAUAAUAAAUAAAUAUAUUUAUCGAUUAGAUACUUACUAUCUAUAUCUAAAGAAAGAUCCAAACAAUAUUAUAACCUAACUUUUCGCACACGUGUAUCAUGUAGAAAGAGGACGAUAUAUGGAUAAUUCGAACAAUGGCAUCUAAUAAAUAUUAUUAAGCAAUAGUUUACUGUAUUAUAUCCCUAAAUGUAAUUAUAAUAUCAACAUAAUGAUAUUGAAAUGGUACCAUUCUUAUUCUGCUCUCUUUAAAUAUACAAAGCAAUUAACAAUCAAUAGAAAUUUUUCAACAAUAGUUAAUGUGAAUAAAAGCCCAAAUGAAUUAAAAAUUUUGGGACAAAAAUAUUUGAUAGAUGAAUGGACAAAUGUCACCCCACAAAUUAUUUCCAAAUUAGGAUGUAAUUUACAUGUUAUUCAAUAUCAUCCAUUGUCUCUUGUACGUCAACGGGUGAUUGAUUAUUUUUAUAAAAAUUACCGUAGCAGAACUGGAAACCCAUUAUUUAGCGUAUUUGACAAUUUAAAUCCUAUAGUCACUGUUACACAAAAUUUUGAUUCUUUACUCAUUCCCAAAGAUCAUCCUAGUAGAAAGAAAAAUGAUUGUUAUUACAUCAAUCAUGAUACUUUACUGAGGGCUCAUACAACUGCUCACCAAGCAGAUCUCAUUUCAAUGGGAUUAAAUAAUUUUCUUGUAGUUGGUGAUGUAUAUCGUAGAGACGAAAUAGAUUCUAUUCAUUAUCCUGUUUUUCAUCAAAUCGAUGCUGUUAGAAUAUGUACAAGAGAAGAAAUAUUUAAAAAUGUGAAUGGUUCAGGUGACUUAAAGCUAUUUGAUUCUAGAGAAGUAGAAUCAGCAGAAAAACAAGGCUCUCAUACUUUAGAGUCUGUAAAAAUAAUGGAGCACGAAUUGAAAGGUUGUUUAGUAGGCUUGGCAAAAGCAAUUUUUGGGCAAGAUAUACAAUGUCGAUGGAUCGAUCAAUAUUUCCCAUUUACGCAUCCGUCGUGGGAAUUAGAAGUUUUCCAUGAAAAUAAAUGGCUAGAAAUAUUAGGCUGUGGUAUUAUAAGACAAAGUAUUCUAAAUAAAUCUGGAGCAGGAGAUCGCAUGGGAUGGGCAUUUGGAAUGGGUUUAGAACGUCUAGCUAUGUGUCUUUACAAUAUACCAGACAUAAGAUUGUUCUGGAGUACUGAUACUGGUUUUUUAAAUCAAUUCAAAGUAGAUGAUGUUAAUAAAAAGAUACAAUACAAGGCCAUCAGCAUUUAUCCACAGUGCAGAAAUGAUAUAAGUUUUUGGUUACCAGAAAAUGAUCAUUAUACUUCAAAUAAUUUUUAUGAACUAGUUAGAGAAAUUGGAGGUGAUAUUAUUGAACAAGUUAUAUUGAAUGAUGUAUUUGCGCAUCCUAAAACCAAAAGAAUAUCUCAUUGUUAUACUAUAGUGUAUAGGCAUAUGGAACGUACAUUAUUAAAAACAGAAGUUAAUGAUAUUCAUCAUAAAAUAGAGAAAGCUGUAACAGAGAGAUUUCAUGUUACUAUACGAUAAUCGAACAAAUAAAGCUUCAUAAUUUAUGUAGUUUGA